AUGUUGCCGGUGUUUCUCAACGACCUCCGGAGAAAUCACCACCGGGAGCUCGUUGAGAUAACCUUGGAGCUCGAAGACGACGCCGUCGUGCUUCGCAACGUUGCACCUGUAGCCUUCGCCGCCGCCGCCGCGUCUUCCGCUCCCAACGCAUCGCCGUUGUCGAGUCCCGUCGCCGGAGACGAAGGCGGCGCCGUCGUCUCGAGGAGCCUCUCGAUUACGUCGAGGAUUCGGAGGAAGUUCCCGUGGCUGCGGUCGUUGUCGUCGCGGACUUCAGCGUCGUCGGAGAGUGUCGCCACCGUCGAAGAUCCGGUGGUGACAGCGCGAAAUGCUCGGAGAAUGCGCGCGAAGCUUGAACGGACGCGAUCGAGCGCGCAAAGAGCUCUGAAAGGUUUGAGAUUCAUAAGCAAGUCGAGCGAAGCGAGUGAAGAGUUAUGGAGAAAGGUGGAAGAGAGGUUCGGGUUGUUGGCUAAGCAUGGCUUGCUCGCUAGAGAGGACUUCGGUGAAUGCAUUGGAAUGGAGGAUUCAAAGGAAUUUGCGGUGGGUAUAUUUGAUGCAUUAGCUCGAAGGAGGGAACGGAAAGUGAACAACAUAACCAAAGAAGAGCUGCAUCACUUCUGGUUGCAAAUUUCGGAUCAGAGCUUUGAUGCUCGCCUUCAGAUUUUCUUUGACAUGGCAGACAGUAACGAAGAUGGAAGAAUUACUAGCGAGGAAGUACAAGAGCUCAUAAUGCUCAGUGCUUCUGCAAACAAUCUAUCGAAGCUAAAAGAACAAGCUGAAGGAUACGCUGCAUUAAUCAUGGAAGAAUUGGAUCCAGAAAACCUGGGUUAUAUCGAGCUGUGGCAGCUCGAAAUGUUAUUACUGCAAAAGGAUAGAUACAUGAACUACAGCGGACAACUCAGUCCCACAAGUGUAAGCUGGAGUCAAAAUAUAACCGCUUUGAGGCCAAGAAAUGAGAUACAAAGAUUAUGCAGGACACUCCAAUGUCUUGCAUUAGAAUAUUGGAGAAGGGGAUGGAUUUUGUUAUUGUGGUUGAUUACCACUGCUUGCCUUUUUGCCUGGAAAUUUUGCCAGUAUAGAAACAGAUCAACUUUCCAAGUCAUGGGUUACUGCUUACCAAUAGCCAAAGGUGCUGCAGAGACACUGAAGCUCAACAUGGCUCUCAUCCUUUUACCAGUUUGUCGAAACACAUUGACAUGGCUUCGUUCGACAAGAGCCAGGAAAUUUGUCCCCUUUGAUGACAACAUUAAUUUCCACAAGAUGAUUGCAUUUGCCAUAGCUGUUGGAGUCGCUGUUCAUGCAGGCAAUCAUCUGGCAUGUGAUUUCCCCCUUCUCGUAAAUUCUUCGCCAGAAAAAUUUUCACUUAUAUCUUCGGAUUUCCAUAAUAAAAAGCCCACAUAUAAAACCCUUCUAACCAGUGUUGAAGGCGUUAGUGGAAUCUCAAUGGUUAUUUUGAUGGCUAUCUCUUUUACUCUAGCAACUCACCACCUUCGGAGAAACGCUAUCAGGCUUCCUCCACCCUUCAACAGAUUGACGGGCUUUAAUUCAUUCUGGUACUCACACCACCUUUUUGGUCUUGUCUACGUUCUGCUUUUCAUCCAUGGAUCAUUCUUGUAUUUAGCCCAUAGCUGGUACCAGAAAACGACUUGGAUGUAUAUCUCUGUUCCACUUUUGCUGUACGUAGCAGAGCGUACUCUACGAACUCGUAGAUCAGCACAUUAUACAGUACAAAUUCUAAAGGUUUCGGUGCUACCAGGGAAUGUCUUUAGCUUAAUCAUGUCCAAGCCUAAUGGAUUUAAGUACAAAAGCGGACAGUACAUAUUUUUACAAUGCCCCAAAAUCUCUCCGUUUGAGUGGCAUCCAUUCUCCAUUACCUCAGCACCAGGAGAUGAGUACCUAAGUGUUCACAUUCGCACAGUAGGAGACUGGACGCAAGAACUUAAGCUACUUUUAACCGAAGAUGACAAACUACCUUUGGUUAAUUGUAGAGCAACAUUUGGUGAACUAGUGCAAAUGGAUCAAAGAGGACAACCGAGAUUGCUAGUUGAUGGCCCUUACGGAGCUCCAGCACAAGAUUACCAAAAUUUUGAUGUACUGCUCCUCAUAGGAUUAGGAAUUGGAGCAACUCCUUUCAUUAGCAUUCUCAGAGAUCUUCUCAAUGACACAAGAACGAUUGAUGAACAAAUGGAGUCAAACACAGAAACAACCAAAUCAGAUGAGAGCUUCAAUAGUUUUACAUCUUUUAAUCUGACGCCAGGAGGAAAUAAGAGAUCACAAAGGACAACAAAUGCUUAUUUCUACUGGGUUACCAGGGAACCUGGAUCUUUUGAAUGGUUUAAAGGAGUAAUGGACGAAGUUGCAGAAAUGGACCACAAAGGUCAAAUUGAACUUCAUAACUAUCUUACAAGUGUCUAUGAAGAGGGGGAUGCAAGAUCAACCUUAAUCACCAUGAUCCAAGCACUAAACCAUGCCAAAAAUGGUGUUGACAUCCUCUCAGGCACUCGGGUAAGGACACACUUCGCUAGGCCUAAUUGGAAAGAAGUUUUCACUAAGAUAGCCUCUAAACAUCCGUAUUCUACAGUAGGGGUGUUCUACUGCGGAAUGCCGGUGUUGGCCAAGGAGCUCAAGAAGCUAUCGCUUGAGCUGAGCCACAAGACCACUACACGCUUCAACUUUCACAAGGAGUACUUCUAA